AGUUUGUACAACAUGAAAAUAGUAUGUGGCAUUGUGUUGAUUUGUUUUAGGUUGAUAUGACAUUAUUACACCUUUUGAAGCAAUUUUCGAUGGCAAAUAAAAUGUCUGUGAAGGAGAAAAGAUAAUGCAAAUAGUGUAUAUAUAAUGACAUGUGAGUUAAUUAAACGGUAUAAAUACAAAUAAUAAGGGAAGGCCUCAAAAGAGCAAUGUCGUGGAAACUGAGACAUUAACACUGAAAUCAAAUAACAUGCUGACCAAUGGCAACAAUAUCUCCUAUCCCAACCCAAGCUCAGAACUUACCGCCAAAUUAAACACGAACUUGGAUGUGAAAAUGAUGUGUCUAUACGACUACCAAAGCACCUGAGAUCUAACAUUGCUCAAAUAAGAACAUGUACCUUGCCGCUGCGGAUCGAAACCGGACGGUUUAGGAACCUAAAACUCGAAGAAAGACCGUGCCUUGUGUGUAAAAAACUCAAUCAGUGGGAAUGACCAUCACACAAAAUGCGAGCAGCGUCGAUAACUCCUCGGCCCUGACAAAGUCGUCACAAUGGGACACACAUGGUUACGUCUGCGUGACCAUAGUUGCAAUGUUCGUCCCCUUCAUCCUCCUGGGCAACCUCAUGGUUAUCAUCUCGGUCGCUAAGUUCAAGCGUCUUCACAUUCCCACGAACUACUUUCUGACAUCACUGGCGGUUGCCGACGUUUUGGUGGCGGCAGCGUUGCCGUUCUAUGCGCUUGCGGAAUUACAUCAUUUGGACAUGGGCGACAGUUCUUUGUGUAUUGUCGUAAACCGCGUUUUAAUGACCGCCGGUGGUGUUUCGGUCAUGACCCUUGCGGUGAACGCUUGUGACCGCUACACGGCCAUCAUGAAUCCGCUAGAGUACAUUUUGAUCAUGAAGCCGCGGCGGAUUGCCGUGCUCGUGCUCAUAUGUUGGAUCUUCAGCAGCUUUAUAUGUUGGGCCCCGUUUGUGAUCGGUUGGUACACAAGCGUACCAGGCGAAAAAGAACAUAACUAUAAUCAACUGCACAAGAACGCUAGAAUUUUAUUCACGGGUGCGAUAUUUGUGCCCUCGUGCAUUCUAAUAGUGUUCUUCUACUGGCGGAUGUUCCUGAUUGCCCGCCAUCAUGCGCACGCAUUCGCCGCCGUAGAGCAAACAGUGAGACGAAGCCUAGAGGCACGCUUCGUGCGCAAAGAUACGAAAUAUGCGAAAACAAUCGGCGUUUUGAUAGGAGUAUUUCUGUGUUGCUGGUUGCGGUUUCAGAUCUGUAUCGUUGUGGACAUCACGCACCAAGUGUCCUCCCACAGAUGGCAACCCGCGAUUCCAGACGAGCGGGCUUCAAGCAGUGUAUCCUCAGUAAGCGGACCUGCAGCAACGAUUUCGCGCAUGCGUCUGAACCGCGUUACCAGCCGGGUAGCCGCGAGUAACAUGCUCCGAACGCUGUGGCGGGAAGUUGGUCGAACAAGAGUAGAAUACUCCCUCGACCGGCGAUUCUCCGGUCCCUUCAGAGCGGGUUCCACUAUUGGGACGUUGCCCGAUUUGCUAAGAGUAUACGCAGCUAGCCCUAGACAUAGCUCUCUGGUGAGUUCAUGUACUGAAGAGGAACCCCCUUCCAACAUUAACGCCGACUGACCAGUUACGUCACUGCAUUUCCAGUCUCCGAGGCCGUCGAACACUCUACUGAAGUACCUUGAGAGUUUAACUACAAGGAGCAACAUUGCCUUGCAUUUGUGGACAAAACUAGAAUUAAAACACAAGAAUCUCGUUUCCAUAGGUACGGGGAUACUGCGACCGAGUAUCUGCCUUCAUGAUAGGUCCGGGGAUACUGCGACCGAGUAUCUGCCUUCACGAACGAUGGAAAAACGAUAUUGGAUAUAUCAUGGACCGAUUUACUUAAUGUAAUUCUACAGGUAACAUAAUACGUCCGUAUAUACAUCUAUGUGUAUAUAACCAUCUCGUAAGUUAUUGUAACACCUUUUAAGGCUAAUAUAUCCAGAAACAAAGAAAAUAUACUUCAUGGAUUUAAUCACUGUAAAUUGUAUAAAAACGGACAUAGGUAAAGUCCAAAUUCGACAAAGGUUUUUAUGUGGGUUAAAAGUCAAACUUAAAACUAUUGAAUAUUACAACAUUACACAAAACUGAAUAUGAGCCUUCAAAGCAAAGUGUUAUAUUCGGCCAAUAUCUUGUAAAUAAUAUUUGCAGGUCCUUAUUUAUUUAGUAUACAUGUUUUACG